AUGAGCAAUCAUACCGGCCAGGACCCUGCUGCUACUGCUGCCGCAGCUCCAACCAGCGGCACCUUUCAAAUCCACUACUUCGCCUCCGCCGCCUCAUACACCAAGAAAGCAACCGAGACGCUCCCAGCGCCGCUACCGCUACGACGGCUGUUCCGCGUACUGGAGGAGAAGUACCCGGGGAUCCGGGACGCGGUGCUGCGGAGCUGCAGUGUGAGUUUGGGGUUGGAGUAUGUGGACGUGAAUGAUGAUGACGAACAUGACGAUGGUAGUGGGAAUGAGAGUGGGGUUGUUAUUCAGGUUGGUGAUGAGGUGGGGAUUAUUCCGCCGCUGCAAAAGCAGGCUUGGUAUCUGAUCUGA